AUGCUGUCCAAGACGCUCAUAACAGCCGCAGCACAUGCAUCAACCAUCCAACCUUCCACGUCCAUCAUAUCCCUCACCUCUCCCUUCACCCGUAACUCCUUACGCACGCUCCAAAGCGCCAUCAUCACGCACGCAGCAACGUCCAAGACUACAGUGAUCCCAGGAGAAGCUAACGCAGCAGUCCUUGUUCCGCUGUGUAAUGUAGGCGACGUACCAGGCGUACUACUUGAACUACGAGGCGGUAAUCUGAGGGCCCAUGCUGGUGAAGUCAGUUUUCCAGGGGGAAGGGUCGACCCGGAAGACGCAUCGUUCCUAGCUGCUGCGCUCAGAGAAACUCAAGAAGAAAUAGGUCUACGCAAUGAGCAAAUUGAUAUUCUCGGCCAAUUUGGCCCGCCUGAGCAAAGCCUUAUGGGUCUCAGAGUAUGGCCUUACGUCGGCUUCGUAUACCCACAUGACAAUCAUAGAGUUGAUACCGGGUCCCCAGACGAUCCUUUGCCCUCCAUCUCGCUUUCCUCACUCACGAUAUCUCAGGCCGAGGUAGCAACCGUCUUCCAUCUUCCCCUCUCCGCAUUUACGUCCCCUGCGCGUAUCAGGCUUGACAUGUUUCGCGCCACUAGCCCGUAUUGGGCUAUUGAUGUCUCCGACCUUGUCGAGGGGUUCGAGGGGGUAAGCAGUCCAUUGGGACAACCGGAAGUCGGUGGUGGGAAGGAGGGACGUAUAGAAGUUUGGGGGUUGACAGGUUGGUACAUGUCAUUGCUCAUGAGAAUCAUAAGGGUGUACACUUGA